GUCCGUCCCGAUUAAUUGAAUGCAAGCUCUCUCUCUCUCUAAUAUCUAUUAAAGCAACCUUGUCGGUUAGAAUCCCGUAUUUUCGAGUUUAUGCAGCUAUCAUAUAUGUAAGGUAUUGAUUUUCUUCUGGCAACGUUUAUGAAUAUUAAUAACAGACAUAUAUCGAUGCAGAGACGAAAAACAAAAAACAUGUGGAUGGUCAAAUUGUUCAGCGCAGACCAACUAUCACCUACAUUUCUCGAACCGUUUAUUCUGUCUGGGUACCGCGCUUGUGAAACGAACCUAACCGAGUGUUUGCAAAGUGCUUUACGACGUACCAAUGAAACCUUGAAUUUUUGGACGCACUUUAUACCGUUUUUAUACUUUUUGUGGCGUAUGUUGCAACUGAGCUUCUGUCUUGAUUUUGUCAAUGACCCAUUCACAUGGCCGUUGCUUGGUCAACUCGUCUGCACUUGUUUAUAUUUAUCAGCUAGUAGCUUUGCGCAUCUUCUAAGCUGCCUCUCUGAACGGGCUCGCCAUGUUUGUUUCUUCUUCGACUACUCAUCCCUGGGUAUGUACAGCUUCGGAUGUUGUAUUGCUUACAGGUGUUAUUCUUUUCCACAAAAUUUACUAAAUACAGAGUUUUUCAAUUUAUACAUCCCGAUCGGCGUACUCAACGCAAUAUUAAUGUGCAGCUGUGGUGCGUGCGGGUCGCGUUUCAUGACUGAGAGUUUGUUCCGCCAUUUAUGUCGUCUUUCAUCGUUCAUGAUCCCAUAUAUUUUUUGUAGCCUACCACUAUUAUACCGCGUGACUGUCUGCCCAGAUGACGAAUGCGAAGCUGCAUCAGUUGCUGUGCAUCGAUGGCAAUUCGUUGCGGCAUUCUUUACAGCGUUUAUUUAUGCAACUCAUCUCCCCGAGAGGUUGGCACCCGGCAAGUUUGACAUCUUCUUCCAUAGUCACCAACUCUUCCACUUGACUGCAUCCAUUGCGACUAUGCUACAAGUGAAUGCUUUAAUCAUUGACAUGAACGACCGACGCACUUUCCUUGAGACGGCAAUCGGAGUGCCAACAUUUUGGUAUUCCCUCGGUUUACUCAUGGUGGUUUUCUCCAUAAAGAUGUUUCUUGUGUUAUGUUUUUCAAUCUGUGUUUUUAGACAUCCGGAACCAAAACACAUAUACAGACUUAACAAUGGAUAUGUUCUCACUAUGCAAAAUGAAUGUAUUGAGAACUCGCAUAUAUAUACCAAAACUAAGUGGAACCAACUGCAUGAUGGAAGCAACACUGUAUCAAACAUGACUUGUAUCAAGCCUAAAAAUAUAUGCAACGCUGACAACAAAUACAAAACGCUGCUGAAGACAAAAAUAAAGUAAUACUCAAAAUAAUUUUACUGCGUAGCACCGUAAACACGGAGGGGUUGAUCCAGUGGAAAAUGUAGGUAGGGCCACACGACGUGGUGAAGCACCUAACGGGGAAUGGGGUCGUGGUUUUUUAGAUUCUUGUUUAGAAAUGCCUGAUUAUAAACACUGCUACAUUGAAUACAAGUUGAAAAUUAGUUUGUUUUGAGUAAGCCUACGGUGCUGUGCUCCCAUCUUUCUUAUUUGCUUUCUUUUCUCCCUCUCAUUUUUCUCUCUUUUUUAUGGGAGCGGGUAUCCAGAGGCAACACUCCUUCCACAUCCCGAUGCCUCUGGAUAUGCCAUUGAACAAAAUUAAACAAAUAGAUAAAUAAUAGUAAUAGUGCUCAAAUAGGAACAUAAUGUUAUAAAGCAUAAUCCUUCCAAAUAACCAUCGGGAACAUUGUAUUACACAAUGCUACGCCUCAAGAGGGCAUUCGGCCAGAUAAAUCUGUUCAACCAUGAAGCCUUCGUGGUCUAGUGGUUAUGACGCUCGCCUUGUCAGCGAGAGAUCGCAGGU